CUGGUGUUACUUAGCCACUAUGUGUUGUCCUUCUAUAAACAUUUUAAUUAUUUAGUUUACAAAUUAAUGUUGUAUAUGUUAAAUUACCUUUUAAAAUGUCUGAAGAAAACAUUAGCGACGAUGAAAUUAUAUUGGUGAUUGAAGACGUCUCCAUAAAAUGUUCAAAGAAAGAUUUAAUUGAAAAUAGUGAUUACUUCAAAGCUAUGUUUGAGGGUAACUUUGUAGAAAGUAAGAAGAACAUUGUACGAUUGCAAGGAAUCGACUUAAAGGCGAUGAAUAUUAUUUUAUCAUUGUUAUGGGAUCGUACAUUUUUAAUAAACGAAGAAGAUAUACUCUCAGUCUUACAGGUUAGCUGUAUGUUACAAUUUAUUGAAAUUAAAAUGAUGUGUGUAGCAAAACUCACUGAAUUAUUAUUACCUCGCAACUGUCUUAAAAUAUGGAUGGUAGCUGAACAGUUAGACUUAAAACCGUUGUACUUAAAAGCAAAAAGUAUGUCUUUAAUAGAAUUUGAUGUGAUUAAGGAUUUCGAUUGCAUAGCUGACUUACCUUUGAAACCACUAUGUUCUUAUUUGGGAAAUGUCAAUUUGCAAUGCAAACAGGAAAUGGAUGUUUUUCGGACAUUAAUGAAAUGGUGGUACGACAACUCCUCCAAGUACUCAAAGACAGAGCAUAGUGAUAUUUUUCUACGUUUUUUCUACUGCUUAGAUUUUAAGAAUCUUAAACAAUCAGAUAUACAAGAAAUCAUGACUUAUCCCGAUAUUGCUUCAGAAGAGCCAAUUGUAAAAAUAGCGCAGUGUGUGUUAGAUUUACGCCAUGACUUCCGUAAUAAUUACGAUGAAGAUAUUAGAAAUACUGCACAAUUAUUAAAUAAUGCAAAAUCAAGAAGUUUUAAAGAGUAUCCUUGUAUUUUGGUAAAUACCUGUCCAGAGGAACAAAAGUGUAAAAAACUAAAAGGGACUGUGGUCUAUGAAGAUAAAUUCAUGCGGAAAACUGCAUAUAAUAAUAUUGAGACGUCAGAUAUGGCUGCUGCAAUUAUUUAUUACGAUAAUGCAACAAAAAAUUUUGUAAAACUCUUGGAAAUUGAUAAGGCAAAAUGUCGCAAUUUGGAGGGGUUUAAAAUAGUCGGUUAUAAGGAGUUUAUAUUCUUACUUGGUGGCGAAUAUUUUUUAGGUAAAGGUAAUUGGAAUAAAAACGUUUGGGCUUACGACAUUAUUCGGGAGAGUUGGGAACGUAAAACUGUUUUACCUUUUGAAAGACGACAUUUUGAAUGCUGUGUUUGUGGAGACUACAUUUAUAUUAUCAGUGGAACUGGCAGAUAUAGGGUGAUUUCUGAUAAUAUGUUUUGGUACAAUUACAAAGAAGAUAAAUGGAGUAACGAAAUAGCGUUGCCAUAUUUGGAUAGACCCGUAAUUUGUUGUAACUUGAACAACGAACUAUUUUUAUUUUUUCCUCACUACCGAUAUGGCUAUGUCUUUGAUCAGCAAAAAACGCUGUGGUACAAAGUGCACAUUUCCGUUAGCGAUGAUUGUGCAGCCAAUUUUUCACCGAGAUCUACAGUAUUCUCAUACAAAAAUCGUUUAUGUAUUAGAGAUAACGAAUGUAUUGCUGAACUGAAGUUACACCAGCUAAAUUUGGAAAUGGUCUCCUACAAACGUCUGCCGAUUCAAAUGGGUCAACUUGAGUCCGUUAUAUGCGAAGAUGUUGUUUAUACUCUUUUCAAGCAAACUCUACCUGACAGUAAUAUAUCAAUGGAGAGGUACUGUAUGAAAACCCAAAAGCGACAUUUUGUAUUUGCCAAUGAAGUCGAAGGAUCACUGCUUCAGUUACAAGGAGAAGUGUAUACAUACAGAAUGUCAACCCCAAUCUUUACUUUCCAACACUACAAUUUAAUAGAAAAAGAUGAGUUUGUUAAUUAAAUGUUAAUAUAUUGU